AUGUCCUGGCCGCGCUCGGUCGUCCGCUCGCCCGGCUUCUCUUUCCAGGCUGCGAUGGCAAGUACUUCGCUGACGUCUAGCAGCGACGCGGCCUACCAGACGCUGCGCCGCUUGCUUCUAGCACCACCUGCGAAUCGUCAGCACAUUGAACUGCUCGAUCGCAAUGCACUGUAUGGCUCCAUUGGGCACUACUUGUCGGCCAUGGCGCUGGUCAAUGUGACAGAGUUUGCCGCGGCGCUUGUGACGUCGCCGGCACUAUGGACGCCGCCCAGUGACGUCUCGCAGCAUACACGCGAUGCUGUGGAGCGGGCGAAUGGCAUAGCACAGGCGCUGUCGUUCGCUGUGAGUGAGCGCAUGUCACUGAUCACCAAGGUGCUACGUCGUCGCUCGCCACGCUCUGCACCCAAAGAGCUCAAGGACUGGGUCAAGGCGGUCCUCGAUGGAGUCCACACGGGCAUGUCGUACCCUGGCGCACGAAGCUCCCUUGCUCAGCUGGCGAUGCUCACAGGCCUAGUGCAGGGCAUCGCCCACGAACGCAAGAAACGGACCAAGUCCAAAGCCCGCUCGCCCCUCUCGUUCCGCCUGCGCAAGCUUGCUGCGAUGCUCGAUCCUGUGUGGGCCAGUGCGCUAGAGCCUGUUCUUACGCCUGACAAGACAUGGGAAGCCGAAUUCGGUGCGGCCAAUGUCGCUGUGCGUACCGCCGCGCUGACGCUCGCGGCGGGCGUCGUUGAUUUGCUCCCUGAGACGGCCAUGCAGGCGGUAUCCGAUACGGCAUGGAUCGACAGUGCUCUUCCGCUCCUCCUCGACAUUUUUGAGGCGCGUGGUAUGCAAGAUACCCUUUUCCACGACGCACACCCCCGUGCUGACGGCCUGCUUCUUCUCCCGAAAGGCAGCGUAAGUGAGCAAUGGUGCCUACGUGUGCAGUCGCAUCCGUUGUUUGCGCAUGCCGGACCACUAUCGCGCCUCAUCUCUGCGCCGCUACGACGUCUUGGCGCCACGAUGAGUGCGAUGGACUAUGCCAGUUUUCUGUGUGACCAUCCGCAGGCGACGCUGCCGCAUCUUCUCGUGGCCAGCGAAGCCUUAAAUAUGGCAUGGACAACGUCGCCCCUGGCAAACGUUCCCGCUGACCAGAUUGCCGAGGAAAGUCGCGCACUGACUACGGAUCUAUGGCACGUAUUCAAGACGUACCUCUUUUCCGUGACGCUGCUUCUGGAUGCUGUAGCGAAUACCGUGGUGGAGCAAUGUCCGUCGCCCGCCGAGGUGUACCCACCUGGCUCCACGGGGUCCAGGUCCGAGGUGCUACAGCGCGACUGGCCUGCGAUGCCGACCAGCAAUACCCCUGCGCCGUACCUGCUUGUCCUUGCCGCGACGCUACGCAUUUUCGGUAUGCUGUAUUGGAUUACAUCGACGUUCAGCAUGGACGGCUUUGAGUCGUACCGCGUAGUCUUUUACUCUGCUCUCGAUGUCCUGAGUCGCGAUGCCGAGGCAUGCACGCAGCUUGUGAGUACCAUGGCCGACGAGCUGCUCCAGCGCUAUGACGAUGUGCCAGGAGGUCGGUCAGCGAAGGACACGAGUUUUGGCCAGCGUAUUCACGCGACGUUUUUCCUCUUGGUCGUCGAGCAGCUGGCUAGCGAGCUGCCUGAUACGAUGAUUGAUCACCUAGUCCUGCCCAUGUGCCGGCCCUAUCUGGAAGACACGCGGUUCCAAGAUGCGUUCGAGUCGGCUCAUUCUGUGGUCCUGGCAUUGUACGCUGCCCAAGCGCCACGCACCAAGGCGCUAACGCCGUUCUAUGUCCAGCUGCUGCUUGACUGUUUCCCAGCCCAGCUGAACGCCACGCAGUUGGAGGCGGCUCUGUCGACCGUCGUCGAGUCUUUGUCGGACCGCAGCGAUUCGCUGGCGUGGUGGUGCAUUGAGCAAGUGGACGAGGCGCUGAGUGCUGCGCAGGCGCAACACAAGGAAGAUAUUGCCCAUACACUCGGUAUUUGCCUGGCGGCCCUGGUCCCGCACGUCAAUCUGGUGCUUCUGCGUGCGCUGCUGACCAAGAUCAGUGCGCGCAUUCUGGAACUGCCGGCGGCGUCGCCACCUCGCGUGCGGUUGGUGGAGCGUGUGCAUGAGAGCCUUAGUGAUAUGGACGCCGCCACGCGAUCUGAAGCCAUGCACUGGUGGCUGGAGCAAAGUUCGCUAUUUACAGAGGGUAUGUAG